AUGUUUGUCUUCCGUCGAGACGACCUCCCAGCAGACCCUGAGUUCCAAGCCCGGCUGGACAAACUGGGAUACUUCAUCAAUGACAAGGACCAGAUCCGCCAAAUCUCUGACCCCGAGCAGGAUUUCAAGUUCAAAAUCAACAGGAACCCAAGAUGGAACGAGCGACAGAGAGAAGUGAUGAACGCUUGUAUCCGAGAUAUCGUCCUCUCUCGUCUGCGUGCUCUAGGCCUAGCCACCCUAAAACUUCCGCUAUUUUCUGCGCCUGGUGAUCCUCAGGUUCCAGUCCUGGUUUCCUCGAACCUGUCGACUGCGUCCAGGGUUAUCGUCGUGCUCGGUGAGCCUGUACAGGACCUGGCCAUCUGGGCAUACCGCAGUGUCGGCGCAAAGAGCAUCGACGUUGGCUCUGCAGUGCACUUUGCCCGUGCCGUUCUGCAUCCAGACAAUUCUUCACGUCCAGGAACUGGCACGAACGGAACCGCUUCUCCCCAUGCAGUCCCCGACCACUCCGAUACGGAUACGGCGCUUAUCCUGGCAAACACCGGUCAACUGAUCUGGCACUGUGGCUCGCAGAGCGCAAUCACGAUACAGUCAUGGCUUGCUCUGCCUCGUGCAUCGGCCGUGGAUUCGUCGUUGACCAUGUCACACAGGAACAAGAUCCCUAGAAAUGGAAACUGGCAGGAACAUAUUGACUGCGUGUUUGACGAGAUCAUGGCCCCGGGAAGUCGUCUCGUCAGCCCUGAUGCGCAGAUUCAGAUCGUGGGUAUCGCGGACGGUGGGCUGGGCGCGAUUAGGUAUUUGGCUGGUCGUUGGGAAACCUGGCACACGCGCAUCAAUGCCAUCUGCCUGACCAACCCACUCCACUUCACUCACCUCGAGCUCCGCACCAACGCAGAUGUCGAUGUCGAUGUCGAUGUCGAUGUCGACUCCACCGCCGCCACCUCACCCACCUCUCCUCUUCCUGCAUCUUCCUUCGCAACAUUUAUCGCCACCCGCUGCCGUGCCUACGUCCUGUCUGAAGAACCCAUCAACAUGCCCGUCCCUGGCGCCGCCGAGCACGGCUGCAAUUGCUUCGCGUCCGGCGAGGCGCUGAACAUCGAGUGUAUCUUCCCGAGUGCUUGCGACGCCAUGCUCGCGUGGCUGAAUAUGACUUAUCGAGAUUCUGAGUUCUGUGAGGCAGCGUUUGAGGUGGUGGAAGUUGAUGGGGAGGAUGGGGAUAUGUCUGCUGGGGGUGGGGUGGAGGUUAUUUCUACGGGUUCGGCCUGA